CCACUUCACCCAGAAAUCUCUCUGUCUUGUAGUAGCUACUCAUCAGAAAAUGGAUCUCACUCUCAGAGAUCAUCAAUUCAGGGUGGUGAAGCAUUUUUCAAGGGUGUGCUGGAGAGUAUGCAGUCAGUGUACCUGAACAGGAAUCCUACAGCAAAGGCCAUAUUGAACCUUGUUCACUCUGUCGAAAACAACUCUUUAUGCUAUGAUCAUCUUGCAUUCAGGACAUUUGGGGUGAACGGUUACGGAAUUGACUCCCUGGCUCAGUUUUUUCUGGAUUAUGGCUAUACACAACGAGAUGAGUUGACAUUUCCAGGGAAAAAAUUGAGGGCGUUGUGGUUCUCGCCUCCGCCUCUUGCUGAUUCAUUUUUUGGCAAUGGCAGUGGCAUGAAUGGCCCCUUGCCAAGAAUUUUUAUAUCAGAGUUACUGGUGGAUCAGAUGAGUCCACGAACUCAGGGAAUAAUUAGGAAAUACACUGAAUCAUCUGGUAAUGGAAAAAAGUAUGCAGCUCUUGCAAGUUCCUUGGGACACUUAACAUGGGACAAACCCUUAUAUUCUGAGUUUCAACAAUUGGCAAGAGAGAGUGAGUACGCUGCCUGGACACUAGUCAAUGGUCAUGCACUGAACCAUGUAACUAUUUCCGCUCAUCGGCUGAAAACUUAUUUGAGGGAUAUAAAAAAACUGAAUCAGUUUCUUGAGGAGAGUGGAUUCAGAUUGAAUUCUGAAGGAGGAGUAUUGAAAGUGAGCCCUGAUGGCCUUCUCCUACAAAGUUCAACUGUAGCAGAUUCUUCUUUCCAAUUUUCUGAUGGUAUAACUGAAUCAGUUCCAUGCUCAUACAUUGAAUUUGCAGAGCGUCUCGUGCUUCCACAGUAUGAAAAUUUACCUCACACAGAGAUUAAAGAAUUCCAUAGGAGGGAUGGUUUUGAAGUAGCAAGUGCUGAUAAGAUAUUUGAAAGCACAUCCAAGGAACAAGUGAGCCGAGCAGGCGCGUAGAAGGCUCGACUCAGUCUGUACAGAGAUCAUGUACAUAUACUUUUUCUCUUUGGGGAAGAGAAAACAUUUUAGACCUAAUUUUAUUCUUAAUGUUUGGAUUUCAUGCACUUCUAAAUUCUAAUAAUUUGUAUACUGCAUGGUUUAAUUGGGUUUAAUAAUUUAGCAAAAAUAGUUACAUGUUCUCAAAAUAAAAUAAAUAAAGACCAGCUAUCCUUUUCCAA